AUGGAUUUUUCUGAAGCACGUCUAGAUACAAUUGAGUCACAGAGUUCAACGGAUUCGUCUAAUGACCAAAGGAGACAAAGAUACUUCUCCAUGAAUAAGAUAAACAACAGCUUUCGCACACUCAGUUCACGAGCUUUCCUUCGAGGCAGAGGAGAAGCCACGCCGCAGCCUAUGGAAGACACUGAGGAUUUUGUGCCAGAGUUCUUUAUUGAUCUCAGACUGUCUGAUUUUUUUGAUCUACCUGGUGAGUAUGUGCUGAUGAAUGCCGAGAUGUUUAGCACACUGAGUGGUGGAGGCAAAGAAUGGCUGGAGAAAUUGAGAAGCCAUGGAACACCACUGGCAUGCCUCAAGAACGACAGAGGAGAUUCUAUUCUUCAUCUUGCCGCUAGAUGGGGUCAUUUAGAACUAGUGAAGAGAAUUUUCUCUGAGUAUCCAUGCCUUUUAUUGGAACCAAACUUAAAGGAUCAGCUUCCAAUCCAUGUGGCGUCUAGUGCUGGUCAUGCAGCUGUUGUUGAGGCUCUUGUUGCGACAGUAACAUUCGUGUCAGCUGGGAUUUCUAAAGAAGAGAGGAAGAGCUUGAACACAUAUCUUCUGAAGGACAUAAAUGGAGAUACUGCUCUGAACUUGGCCUUGAGAAGAGGUUAUAUGAAGAUCGCUUCCUCUCUGGUAAACGCAGACCACAGUGCUUCGUUUCUUGCGAAUAAAGACAGAAUAUCUCCCUUGUAUAUGGCAGUAGAAGCUGGAUAUGUGUCCCUUGUAAGAGAAAUGUUGGGAAAUGAUGGCCAUGAAGGGGGUAUGUUCAACUUACAAUCACAACUGGAAGGGAGAAAAUAUCUUGCACACGCGGCUUUGAAGUCCAUGAGUAUAGGUACCCUCGAUGUUAUUCUGAAUGAAUAUCCAAAUCUUAUGGAUGAACGAGAUGAAGAAGGAAGGACUUGUCUUUCGUUUGGAGCAUCCAUUGGCUGUCAUGAAACAGUAUGCAACCUGCUAGACCGAUCAACAAAGGGUAUUUUUGUAUGUGAUGAUGAUGGAUCCUAUCCAAUUCACGUGGCAGCAGAGCAAGGUCAUAUAAAAGUUGUCAAUGAGAUCCUAAAACGUUGUAAAGUUUCAAAGUACAUGCUUAACAGAAAAGAUCAGAACAUUCUUCACAUUGCAGCUAAUUGUGGGAAGUUUGGAAUUCUACGUGAAUUUCACAAUAGUAGUCUGGCGAAUGAGCAAGAUGUGGAUGGAAAUACGCCUCUGCAUCUAGCCACCAUAAAGUGGCGCCCUCGAGCUGUACGUCAUCUUGCAGGGCCAAACAACCUGUUUAUACAAAACAAUAUAGGCUUGGCAGCUCUGGAUAUUGCCGAGAUAAAUCUCCAACCCAAUUACAUCGUUCGGGAGAGAUUGACACUGGUGGCCUUUGUAGACGCACACUACAAAAACGACGAUCCUAGAUACAUGCAUACCAUGAAGUUACUAAAUCAAAUAGCGCCUAUGGGGGGCGCAAACAAAGAUUUCAUCAACGCUCUUCUAGUGGUGGCAGCUCUUAUAGCCACCGUGACGUUUACUGCUGGUUUUACAAUACCAGGCGGCUUUAGAAGUUCUACUCCGAACUUAGGCAUGGCAAAUCUAGUAACUAACCCUCGUCUCAUCCUUUUCCUGAUAUUUGAUAUUUCGGCUUUGGGAACCUCAUUUUUUGCAGUAAUUUCUCUCAUAUUGGCGCAACUUGGUGAUCCUGCUUUAUAUCAGAGUUCCGUAAGGACGGCCAUGACAUCAGUCUAUUUUGCCAUAUAUUUCAUGAGCUUAGCAUUCUUUUCCGCCAUGGUUAUUGCAGCUGGGAAUGUUAUAUGGCUUAUUGUCGUCCUUUACUUAUCAUCUAUGCCCUUCUUAAGUGUAAUGUUUUCAUUGUUUUUCCCUCACUUCCUCCUUCUUCGUGUUACUGGCAGUCCUUCUUGGUUAGGAAAGUUCUUAGGUGUUUAUGUGGCUUCAGCUAAUGACGACGACGAAAGUUAUCAGUCCUCCUCUGCUAACAAGUCUGUCAAGAUCUUAGGCAAUGAUAACGUCGAAAUUAAUUUCAAACUCUAG